CAUUUAAGCGGUUCUAACCAAUGGACUUGAAAUACAAUUACUCUGUGUUAUAACGGUGUGUUGUAAAAGCACCGUCGGUUAUAAUGUCUGGAAGGCAGCGGUUUUAUAAUAACGUGGUCGUUGAACUUGUGUCGCGUCGCGCGCUCGUCGACACGGUGUUCAGCUAAAUGUCUUUCCACAUCAAAGGGGAAACACACAAGUUUCAACAGUUCAGCGGUGGGAGGCUGCCAAAGCUUGAAAGGCUCAUUCGCCUCCAAUGCACCAAAGCAAACAAACACUCUUGCCCUCGGAAGUUGCAUAUUUCCAUAAACUGCUCUAUGGAUAAAAAGCGUGCCUGAGUGCAGUAGGAACUGUUUGCGAUUAAGCUCGAUAUGUCUGAAAAUAAGCUUUUUUGCGCAAUUGUUUUCUUAACUUCACUCUUUUGCUCAACAUGCUCACAGGGGACACGGUUUGUUCAUUCAGCUGCUCUGGAUGCGGAGAGGAGAUACAACAUUAAGUGGGGAUUUGACGAGUCCACGAUAACUUUUGAGAUAGAAGUGGAAACGAGGGGGUAUGUGGGAUUCGGUUUGUCACCCACCGGUGCGAUGUCUUCGUCUGAUAUCGUUAUAGGCGGUGUGCUCAACGGAAGCCCAUAUCUGCUGGACUACUUUACAGAUUCUAACAGAAAGGUCCAUAGAGAUCCACUCCAGAACUACGAGUUGCUAUACGGCAGAGAGAAUGACACACAUACAGUCCUGGCUUUCAGCAGAAACCUCCAGACCUGCGAUGACAAUGACAAAAUCAUCACGGGCAGUACAGUGAGAGUGAUCUGGGCGUUCCAUGCAGAGGACGUGGGAGAGUCAGGACUGGUCUACCAUGGGAUGAACAGAGGCAGAAAGAGUCUGCGAUUACUCAACCCUGGAACCGGCCCCAGCAUCCCAGCAGGAACAGCUUUCUUUGACCUUCAAAACAAGGAGGUUCCUGUUCCUCAUAAGGACACGACGUACUGGUGUCAGAUCUUUCGAUUUCCAGAGAUGAAGAAAAAGCAUCAUGUAAUCAGAAUUGAGCCGCUGAUUCAGAAGGGUCAUGAGAAUCUGGUUCAUCAUAUUUUGCUCUACCAGUGCGACAGUAAUCUGAACAAGAGUGAGGUCAACAGAGGUCAUGAAUGCUACCAUCCAAAUAUGCCAGACUCCUUCUUAACUUGUGAAACUGUCCUGUUUGCCUGGGCUAUUGGAGGGGAGGGCUUCACCUAUCCUCCGCAUGUUGGGAUGUCAAUAGGAACGUCGAUAGACCCAGUCUAUGUGCAGCUGGAGAUUCACUUUGAUAACCCAUCUUUACAAGGAGGGAUAGUGGACAGUUCAGGUCUGCGAUUGUACUACAGCCCCAGCCUGAGGCGCUACGAUGCUGGAGUCAUCGAGACAGGAGUUUGGGUCAGUCUCUACCAUAUGCUGCCUCCAGGCAUGACGGAUUACAUUACUGAAGGACACUGCACACAGGAGUGUCUUCAGGAGUCAUUAGACAGCGAGAUGCCCAGCGGAGUUCAUGUGUUUGCGGUUCUGCUCCACGCUCACCUGGCAGGACGGGCUAUCACAGCCAGACACUUCCGGCAGCAGCUCGAGCUCCAGCCACUGGCCUCAGAUGAUCAGUUCGAUUUCAACUUCCAGGAGUUCCAGCCGCUCAGCCAGGAGAGACUCAUCUUGCCUGGGGAUUCCUUAAUCACUGAAUGUAGAUACAACACUAAAGGCAGAAUGAACAUGACCUGGGGAGGUCUCAGUACACGGGAAGAGAUGUGUUUGUCGUUUCUGCUGUACUAUCCCAGGGUUAACCUCGCCAAGUGCGAGAGUUUACCAGAAAUCGCCGGCCAGCUCAAAUUCAUUGGGGUUACAGAGAUCCAGGAGCCUGUUACAACUUGGCCAUUUGUGAUUAAGAGCCCAAAGAAAUACAGUAACCUGUCCUUCACUGAGGCCAUGGACAAAUACAAAUGGACGAUGAAGAAAGGAAAAUCAUUCAAUGACAUUGUACGGAAACUCCCGAUGAAUGUCCGCUGCUCUAAGACUGGACAGGAUGAGUGGUCGAUUCAGGGGAUGAUUGUGUCUCCUCCAGAGGUGAGGUCAGAACAGACGUCCACUGCUGUCGUGGCCUGUAGGAAAGACUCAGCCAUUCAAUGUGAACAUUCCCUCGCUCUUCUGCUCACUGCGUGUCUCUUGCUCAUACUACAGACCUGUUUACACCUCUAAUGUCUGCUGGCAGCUCAUCCCAUACUCAUAAACAUGCAAACAACAAAUUCCCAUCAGGCCUAGUGUUCCCCAGUAACAGUAAAACCUCAAGAUUUACAUCUUGUAGACACUGCAGAGUAAAGUGUGAUUCACUCAUACCCACCUAAUUCAAGUUUAUCACUAUAAUUAACACUGUUCACAACUGUUUUCAUGCAGGCAUUAUGAAGUGUCCUGAGUUAAUAUUGACAUCCUUGGUAAAUAAGGACAAAGAAGGCCAUAGAACAUUAUUAAAAUCUUAUUGGUUGACAUUUUCAUCUUUGUAGAUUAACUAUUAGCAAAAACAAAACAAAAUCACAAACUAAGUAAAGAUUGAACAAAUAUAGUUGCUAAUAAUUAUUGGCACCCCUAUAAAUUAAUGAGCAAAAUAUUUUUUGUAAAUAUUUAUUAUAUAUAGUUUAUUUCCAUUUAUAUUUUACAUUUUUAGUAAACUUUAGUGACUCUGAAGAUCAAAUUGAAUAAUACUAAAUGGGGUGAUAUGAUCACGUAAUGGGGUCAUUAUAAUCAUGAUAUGGCACAUGUCAUGAAUAUUAAUGAGCUUUUGUGCAUAUUUAUGACAAGUGUCAUACACAUAGUUAUGUCAUUUUAAAUACAAUGAUGAUGUUUUAAAUGUCCUUAUGACAAAUUGACAUUAUCAGGACAACAUAACUUUAAAAAUCUGUCAAAAACAUUACAGCCAUUAUGUGAUGCCAUUAAAAUUGUGAUGAAUUGUAUAACAACGUCAUCACUAUUUUUUGUGGACUCAGCUACAGUGGUGCAAAUUAAAUUUGAUUCGAAUAGCACUUUUAUUGACUAAUUUUAAUGGCAAAUUCAGAUUGUUCCGCUGAAAAGUGAUCAGAAAAAUAUUCAUGACGCACUUAUAAUGGCUUCAUGACAAUAAUGUUUAUGAAAUAUUUAUGACAAAUUAUGUUACCUUGGUGAUAUCAAGUUUUCAUGACAAAGAUAAAUUCAGGUUGUGAUGUGUUUAGUUAUGUCAAGUUGUCAGAAAAAACAUCUCAAGCAUGCAUAAGCAAGCAUAAAAUCUCAUUCAUAUUCAUGACGUAUCAUAUCAUGUAUUAUAAAGAUGUCUUACAGUAUGUACACCCUCUUUAAGUAAAGUUUUACCCAACCAACCCUUUCUACCAUCUGGGCAAUCUUUAAAUCAACUGAAAGUCUUAUGAAUCAACCUGGAAAAGGACAUGUGUUUAUCUUGUCCAAACACACUCCCAGGAUCAUAGUCCAAAAAAUCUCUAAGAAUAGAGACUGCAGCUAGAGAUUUGCCGUCGUAAAUUAGAGAAUUAGUUGUGUCUUGGGGUCAAAAAGUCUUCAAAACUACAAUCACAUACAGUGUAUCACCAUAAAUUGAUUUUGAAGAGAUCACAAAAAGGUUUCAAGAAAGAAAAAAUACUUUCAUCCUCCAAAAUAAACGAAAAGCAUCAGGCAUCUUUAGUUGUUCUUUGUUCAUAUUUUAAGCAAGAAAUCUUAAAACAAGUUAAAACAAUACUUUUCCCCCAUUAACCUUCUUCACUGAUAUUUACCAAGGGUGCCAAUACUAGUGAGUGCACUACGCAUAUACAUUGAUUAGUUGCUCUCUAACAGAUGCCUCACUGCCCAUUAUUUUAUCACAUCUCCAUUAUUUUUAUCACAUCAGUAUUGAGUUAAAUGGAUAGUUCACACAAAAACGUAAACUCUGUUACUGUAUGCAUUUUGUCCAUUGAAUGAAAGUACAGCAGUUGGGACCCAGUGUAGUUUUGGAUGCCACUGACUUUCAUUGUAUGGACAAAACCACAAGCACUAUUUUGCUCUUUUUUUAUUAAAAGUUACAAAGUCUAAAUACAAGCAAAGGCGUCUAGAGCUCUGUGAACUGUAUGUUCGUCUCUUUAUAAAAUGUGUUUCAUAAGUGAAUGCUGGCACUGUACUCAAAACCAUUACAUUUUAUAGGCUGCCUAUGUCUUUUUAAGCAAUAAAUGUUUAUUUCUUAUAAAUA